AUGGAGAUCCGUGUUGAUGCCGCAGAGGGGUUUGCCACCCCGAAGGAUACAUUUCUGUCGAUGCGCAUCGGAGAUUUCCAGAAGCAAUCCCGAUUCGGUACCGCCAAGACGUACAAGUUUCCAAAGAUGGAAGACCCCAGCGGUCUCGCCCGCAUUGAGGUCUUCCAGCGAGUUGGACAUCUGACCCUCAGCCUGGGGAAGCUACACCAAAGUGAUCAGAGCGUGGAGGUUCCGGUGGACAUCCCAGGAAUGUCCCACCUGCCCUUGAGGCUGGGGCUCCACGGUGACAUCCCAGCCGUCGACCCAGACCUCUCCUCUCAGAUUCUUCUCCUUUCCUUUUCUGGCGAUUCGCCCGAAAUGGAGCCGAAGGGCAAGAAUACCAAGGCGCACGCCCUGCCGUCUGCUUCGUUAGCCCUUCAUCCCCACUCAGCAAGCAAGACAACCAACAGUGACAAGCGCAACUACGGCCUCAUUACCAAGCAUGUCUUGGCCGAGCAAAAUGAGAACGAGCAAAAUACCGCCUGGUGUGCGUACCUGGCGUCACACCAUGUGGAGGAAGUCAUUACUGAUGCGAUCCGCGAGGUUAUCCGUGAGAAGCCGGCGGAGCCCCUGGCCUUCUUGUCAACGCAGAUCCUGAAGCUUGCCAAGCCCUCAAGUUGCCUCUGCCGAGUGCAAAUCAGUGCAGCCUGUGUUGAAUGGCUUGUCCCAUAA